UUUUGUUCGGAUCUUCAUGCGGGAAGCGGGCGCUUGUACCUCUUUGGCUUCUGCUCCGAACUUGCCUUGAUGAAUUUCGACAGAGCAAUACAAGAGCUAAGAGACAUUCGCGGAUUAGGAGCCAGGUCAAGUGAACGCGUUGUAGAACUAUGGGUCAAAUACAUUUCAGCAAAAAGAAGAUCACUAGAUUAUGAAGAAUGGGCUGUCCUUGAACAAGUUUUGAUUGCGGCGCUAGAUUCAGGGGAAGAUGAAGUCGCAUACAAUUGCUUGGAAUGUUUAAAAGCUCAAUUUCCAGAGAGUGCACGCGUUAAUCGCUUAUGUGGGAUGUAUCUUGAGUACAAAGGCUUGUUUGAUGAUGCUCGUUCGAUUUACGCAAAAUUGCUUGAGGAUGACAUCACUAAUACUCUUGCUAGGAAACGCCUGAUAUCUAUCUUUAAAGCUCAAUCUCGUAUUCCCGAUGCUAUCGAAGAGUUACGCAAAUAUCUAAAGAUGUAA